CUGCCGUGCUCGAGCCUCCUGGGUGCCGCGCGCGGCAGUUCGGCGCGCCCGACGCCGCCCGGCCUAGGUCUCUCGCCGCCAUGCCCCCUCGCGCCCAGCUGUCGCCGUUCCUUCGCGGCGUCGUGUGCGGCCUCUUCCUGACCGGGUCCACUUACCAGGAGAUCGCCGACGAGGUCGCGAAGGAGGACGGCAGCCACCCGUGCCAGCAGACGGUGGCCGCGACCAUCCGCUGCGUGGAGAAGAACGGCGGUCUCGCUUUUGACGGGGGGAGACUUUCCCAGGCUGGCCGCCCGCGCAGCACGGGGACGGCUCUGGACCGCCAGAUCCUGCGCCUCGCGCACAAGCACCGCGGCCGCGCGGUGGUGACGGCCCAACACGUGCGGAAGAUGAUCAAGGCAGCGCGCAAGGUGAGCAUCCGCACGGCGCAGCGGCGCUUGAGCGAGGCGGGGCUCGCUUGGCUUCGGAGGCGCCUCAAGUCCAUAGUGCCGCAGGUGAGUCGGCUCGACUUUGCCGCGUGGACUCUUGCGCGCACCGCGACCACUUUGGCGCGGUGGGCGUGCACCGACGGCGUAGUAUUCUUCAUGGCCCGCGACCAUUCCGAGUUGGAGUCGCACCGGCGCGGCGCAUUGGGCCCGUAUGCGUGGCGCCAGGCAGACGGUUCGGGCGGCCUGUGCGAGGAGCGCAUUGGGCCGUCAGCCUAUUGGAAGGCGCAGGGCCAUCCGGUGCGAAUAUGGGGGCUGCUCGUGGCAGGGAUGCUGUUCGUCUACGUCAUACCUCAAGGCCAGACGAUGAACCGCUGGUGGUACGAGUGGACCAUCAACCACAAGUUCCCUGCGUGGCUGCGAAAGGCGACGGGGAGCGACCGCGGGGCAUUUUUGGUUCAAGAUCACGAGCGGUGCUUCUGGAUCGAGGAGCCGCACUGCGCCUUGCGCGAGCAGGGCAUCAACCUCUCGGAGCAUUAUCCGAGGUGCAGCCAGGAUUUGAACGCGAUCGAAAACGCGUGGCGAGAGGUGCGAGCUCGCCUUGCCGCCACAGAGCCGGACUCCAUGGAGACCAGAGACCAGUUCAUCGUUCGCCUUCGCGCGGCGGUGGCAUGGGUCAACGUGCGCCGCCGGGCGUACUUGGUCAAGAUCUGCACAGAUCAGAAGGAGCGG